CCUGUCGAGACGUCGCGUCGCGCGUGUCUAGUUUCCUCCGGCUCGUCAGCGCGGCGCGGUCCCGUCUUCCACGGGAAUGUGCAUAAAAAAUCACGGUUAAUGAGUGACGACGCUGUUCCCACGGAGCGGUUGCUGAAGGUCACGCUGAUGAUGGCGCGGAUACAGCGCACGAUGACCAUCGCUGCACUGGGAGCAGCGCGGGUACGCACCACCGACGAAGACACUUCCUUCCCAAGUGUGUCGUUUCCCAAAGCGACCGUUGGCUCGACCACCUCUGGAGUACUCCAAAACUUGUUUGACCGCGUGGAUGAGCUUCCCGGGGGCUUCGUGGCCGAUUGGCUGCGGAGGAAGCGCGCGUGGCACGGGCUGCCGCCGCUCUUGCAGGGUCACCUGGACGCCCUGUCCUGGACGGCCGUGGACUUCAAGGAAGUUCUGAAGUACUUCGGGCCACCGUAUUACUACGAAGACGGACUGGCUUCUUAUAACUACGCCGUUCUGGGACAGGCGAGUAAUCUUCCAGAGGCCAUGGCUUCUACUCAUCGGUGGAAGCUCAGUGACAGUGUCGAAGUUUAG